GCUCAAACAGUCCUUCACCAGCUCGUCUUCAUCCUCAUCCGAAAGUCUGAAGGAUAGCGAAGUCAAAGGAUUGCUUUCCAAGCCUCUUUUGAAAACACUGAGUGAACCGCCAUUGAUGCGGCCUCCACCACCUCUUCGACUCCGAAAACAACAUGGAUGGAUCACAGGACGCCGCCAGGCGCGACUUCAAUAUGCGAGUUCUCAAGCGACAUGACAGUAGUAUUGAGAAGAUCAUCUGCUCUGCGUCCUUUGUUGUGCUGUACUCGCACCAGGAGCAAUGGACCAAGACUGGUAUUGAAGGUCCCAUGUUCAUCUAUCAGCGAGUACAGUCCCCCCACUAUGGCUUCUUCAUCAUGAACCGAAACGGAGUCGAAAACUUUAGCGCCAGCAUUACACCGCAAGACGACCUCGAGCUCACGCCAGAAUUCAUCAUUUACCAUCCUGGCUCUCCUCAAAAGCAGUCAAGUGACGAUGACAGCGAAGAAGGAGAUGAUACGUAUGGCAUCUGGAUUUUCGAAGCCGCUCAACGAGAGUUGAUCGGAAAGGAACUGAUCCGACUGCACGCAGCGCCGAAUUCUGCUGUGCCUGCUUCUAAACCGAACGAAGCCAAAUCUGUUGGGCAAAAUAUCACUCUCGACGCACUUUUUGGUUCAGCAGCGCAGCCGCCCAAUGAUACGCCGGGUGCCACGUCGUCUCCGCCUGCAACCAAGCAAGGUGAACCACCUUCACAAGCUACCGGCCUUUCAUUGAUGGAUCAAAUCUUUCAAGGCGCCAACGCAUUGACACUGCCUGCGCUGCCAGCUUCACAUGCGCUACGGAACGGCGGCGUAGCGACGAUACGAACUCCUAUGAUGGCACAUGCUUCUGCUGGCCCGCCAUCUGCAGCUCCGGCCGGACAGUUGCCAUCUGCUCCAAAUGGUGGGACGGCACCGCCAAAUGGGUUGUCUCCUGAACAGCAAAAUGGCACUUCUGUCGGAGUAACGAACCUGCAAGAUUCUGGAGCGAACCAAGGCAUUGGAAUCGCAGCGGACCUGAUGGCCAUGCUUGGAAUCAAGACAUCAUCUGCCCACAUGUCUUCGUCAUCUCCCUCGACACCCAGCGGCGGGACCGCGCCGGUCGUAACCAAUGGACAACAUCAGAAGCCAUCGAGCAGGCUUACUGCAGCUGCUGAGCCGCUCGAUAACGAGUCCACUCGAUUAUCGCCAGGCCAGACCACAUCAGUGCCGCAGAAGGCAGGUCCCGUCGCCGCCGCAUCCUCGGCAGCAUCACGAGACGCUGUCGCACCUCUUUCGUCUCGAACUGCCGGUGGCAUCAUCGGCAUGGCUCUGAGAGAUCCGGUCCUGGCAAUCAACGGCCCGGGUGCCGAACCUCUGAGCAAGCGCGACUUUGUUCGAGAGCUGCUCUCCUUGAUUCACACCGACCGUAGCUUCGUGGACACUCUUUACGCCGACUAUAUUGCAAGAUGUUGAUCUGAUGCAAUGCAAGAGCACGCACUAAUGAGCAAGAAUGUCAAGAACAGCAAUGUAGCGAUCUACGCCGCAAUAUGUAUUUUUGGUGUAUCAUGAAAGAUACGGCAAUGACUGAAC